AGCCCGGGGCGCCCUGGCAAAGCCUUGGACGUUUCUCAGAGCUGCUGGCUCUUUGGAGAGGAGCCCUCAGUUGCUCUUUAGCCAUUUGGCUUCGCUCCUCCUUUCCCCUCCGAAUCAAGCUAGUCUGAGCUUGCAGGGUUUCCGAAGUGGCGGCUGAAGCCGGGACACGUUGGGGGAGGGGGCGGGAAGGAAAGUGGCGGAACACUUGCUGUGGGGAGCUCUGCCCUGGCCCCCCUCCCUGGGGGGUUUGUCGCUGCAGCCUGGGUGCGGGGGGGGGGCUAGCCUGCGCCUGGGUGGCCGCCUGGGAAAGAGGAGAAAAGUGCCGUGCUUUGUGCUGGCUUUCCUGCUCAAAGUUCCUGUUUUCUCGGCGCUGCAAGUCUUAUGAUCCAUUGUGUCAUCGAGCUCAGCUGGCUGGGGCGAGAGGAAGGAAAAUCCCUCCGAGCCAAAUUUGGCACUGCCUGCCGGGGGGCGUGAGAGGCGGCGGGGGGGGAGAAAUGCCAUCCCCGGCCAGCGGCGGCGGCGCCUGCUGAGCGACCCGCAGCCGGGGGCGGCGGAGAUGCGGGGUCGCCCUGCGGAGCGCAGCUGAAGCCUUGACCAUGACGACUGGCCCCGAACCAUGGCCAAUGGGAGCGGGGCGGUCAUGCUGAAAUGCGUGGUGGUGGGGGACGGGGCCGUGGGCAAAACUUGCCUGCUGAUGAGCUAUGCCAACGACGCCUUUCCAGAGGAGUACGUGCCCACCGUGUUUGACCACUACGCAGUCACUGUUACAGUUGGGGGGAAGCAGUAUUUGCUGGGGCUGUACGAUACUGCAGGACAGGAAGACUACGAUCGUCUGAGACCUUUAUCUUAUCCUAUGACAGAUGUCUUCCUUAUCUGCUUCUCAGUGGUAAAUCCAGCCUCGUUUCAAAACGUGAAGGAGGAGUGGGUACCAGAGCUAAAGGAAUAUGCACCUAAUGUACCCUUUUUAUUCGUAGGAACCCAGAUUGAUCUUCGUGAUGAUCCAAAAACUUUAGCAAGAUUGAAUGAUAUGAAGGAGAAGCCUAUAUCUAUGGAACAGGGACAGAAGUUAGCAAAAGAGAUAGGAGCCUGCUGCUAUGUGGAGUGUUCAGCUUUAACACAGAAAGGACUGAAGACUGUUUUUGAUGAAGCUAUAAUAGCCAUUUUAACUCCAAAGAAACACACAGUGAAAAAAAGAAUAGGAUCAAGAUGCAUAAACUGCUGUUUGAUCACGUGAGAUACAUUUGACAAUGGCCAGGCCUACUGUGAAUUUCUGUCAAACGUAAAUGAUACAGUACAUAAGUACACAGAACUUGUUAUAGAUCAUAGAAGUUUGUAAGCUAAACUUUAGGAAUCUAACCUCUGAAAUCGGUGAAAUCCAGAGGAACAAAACCAAACAAAUCAACAGAACUCUAGUAAGAAGCAGCCACCAUCUUUUACAAAUCCUUUAUUUGGACUGGAAGAUACAAUCUCUCAGGGGUUAAAAAAGUUAGAGCUGGCAACAACAGCAUAUAAAUAAUGCCGUAAGUGGAGAUGCUUGGCCCAAAACCACGUUGAAAAUAUUUCAAUAGUCUCUUGCUUUAAUCACAUAAAAAUUUCUGCCCAGUCCGUAUGGAAUCUGCACAAAGAAAUACCUUCUCUCUUUGCCCCAGUUAUCUGCUUUUGUAUGUAAGCUGCUUCCGAUUCCAGUAUAUCCACAGAGGUGCAAUAAUGAGGCCUGCCACAUAGCCAAAGGUAGCUCCGAGGGAACAGGAAAUAGGCCAUAUCUGAGGGCAGAAAACAUACAGUAAAAACAGAGAAACAAGGAAAAUAUUGUUUGAGCACAAGUUCAGUGUAAUCUAAAUAUUGAAAGGCGGUACAACCCUUUUCUCUUUAAAGCUUGACGUGCUUUCCUAAAGAAUGCGAAAAGUGUAACAAUCAUACAUGCAUUUAUCAUGAACACUACGUGUUGUACAGUUAACUAAUAUACAUUAAAAUGUAACCAGCCUUCUGGCUACUGCAGGCUUAGUAUGAUACUCACAAAACCAUCUGAGAAACUUAAGCAUUUGUGUUACCUGAAGUUUGAUAAAGUAUUCUUCAAUUUUUCUGCACACCUUUUGAGACUUGUAAAAUGUGCAGUUGGUUUUUUUUAAACAUACACUUGUACCUUUUGCCUUCUUUCUUCCCAAGGACCUUCUAAGCUGUUGGAUAAGUGUGCAGAAAAGAAUGAAGAAUACCAAAUGAGCCUACAUACCAAGAUGGGGACAGGGUUUGGUUGACUCCACAUACCAGCAUGGACUUGAAAAGCAGGCAAUGGAAUUUCAUAGUUCUUUCCUACUGCUAGUCAAAGGGGAAGUAUGGAUGCUGAAUGCACAUUUUACACACAGUUCAGCAAUCAAAAAGCAGGCCCAGUUAAAUGCAGGCCCCACUAGGGUUUAGUGUUUAGAAAUUCGUUUCAUUUCCUAGUACAAGGACAGAAUUGGCUCAAUAUGGUCAACUCAUUCUCACACUGCUUCAGGUAAUGGGGCUAGUAGUAGAGUGGAUUUUUUUUCCAUACUUGAACCUGGGGGGGGGGAGGGAGAAAUCAAAAAAGUAUUUAAAGUUAAGCCCUAAUCUAGCCUAGGAUGUGGUGGUUAGAGCAUAAUUACCACCCAAUAACAUCCCGUCAAAUGAAGAGCCUCACUAUGUUGGUGACAAAAGAUAAAUUUUAAUUCCUAUUGCUCUUAUAAUGAUUCUUCCAUCUUUUGCCAGGACAACCCUUACUAUGCCUGCUGAACAAUGGUCUCCAUUUGGAGGCAAGUGUACAGUGUACUUGUCUUCUCCUGUCUUCAAGGCAGAGGAGAAAAUUGGACAUCAUAGGAACUAUCAGUGCCUCACUUUCUAGCUUUUCCCUCCAGGUCUUGGCUUGUGAUUCAUGAGCAGCAAAGAGUGUCUUUGCUCUUUAUGGUACUCAUCUUCCUUCUGAAGUCAGCUUUUUCCUCGCUUUGAUCCUGUCCAUUACAUCCUUCUGGUUUGGGGAAGCAUAUUUCCCUCCUAUCCUCUGAUCCUGGGAAGUUUAACUCGAAUAAGUGCUUUGGUUCUCUGCUGUUUCACCUUCACAGUCCUUAUUGUGUGCAGUUUUAUGAGUAUUAUUUGGAGGUCUUUAGGAGUGUAGCAAAGAUGACUAUCUAUAAAUGAGGUGCCUUAGGUACUCUUUAUUGACCUUAAUUCACUUUCCAUUCAUGGCCCCUGUUUCUGUUUGGUAAUUUUGUUCAACAGUGUCAUGCCUGCUGCCUCUUUUAAACCAAAGACUUGCUCAUUUUCAUUCAUUAACAACGGCAUUGCAUCUCUUUUGUAUAAAGUCUUACAUUACAUACAUUUAAAAAUAGUAUAGUGUGGCCUUGGGUAAGCUUAUGCUUCAAUUGGAUCUUUAGAUUUCCAUUAUCAGGUUGAAAUCAACUUCAAUAAGUUCCAGAAUUUUACAGGUCAUUCAUUAUACAUGUUUACAAAGCAAAAAUCUCUGCAGUGAUAUAACAAAUGUGUUACCUUCUGUAUGAAAGUGCCUCUUGCAGUACCACUAGUGGUAAGAAGAAACCAUUUGUAUUUCAGCCAAGUCAAAUACCUCUCGAUCCACAAUGGCUUGAUUAACUUGGCAGUUUUCUCUGUGUCCAGUUCACUAACCUUGAGUGAUCAGUGACCCUUUAUUAAAAAUCUGACCUACAUCAAUUCAAGUCUGUAGGUCCCCAUCUGCUUUUCACAAGUACGUGUUGUUCCUCGUGGCUUUUGGAACCUUUUGUAUUUCCCCUUGUGAAUCAACAUCCUGCACAAUCUACAGCAACUCUUUUUUUGCCCUAUCCCUGCUCUUACUGGGUCAUUCAACUGCUACUAUGACUUAAGGAAUUUUUGGGGAUAGUUUUAUCUUCUCCUGGUCAAAUUGCAACCUGGGGUAAAGCUCAACAUUAAAAACUCUCCUGCAUUCUCAAUCAUUGUGCAGCACUUCAUAACUUUAUUUUUUAAAAUACUGCUGUCACUUUCUUCAUAACUUCAAAAGCAUUCUUCCUUGCUUCCUUUUAAAUCUGUGAUAGUAUAUUGCAGAAUUUUAUAAACCAUGCCAUCAAAAUUCAAUCCAGGAAUCUUUGACAGACCUCUGGAAUCCUCCCUUGGCUUUUAGCAGCUGACAGAAAUGAGAGGGAGGAAAGAACACACACUCACUUUCCCCAGCAACUAAGUGGAAGGGGGCAAAAAGAGACAAGGAAUGCUACCCUUCCAGUGGCACAGAAGGGAAGGAUAUUGGGCCAGAUCCUCAGCCUGACUGCUGUCCCUUUGGACUGCUCUGAUGGCAUAAAGGAGCUGUAAAGCCAGCUUUACUUGGCCUCCUGCGAAUUCCCCAAACAUAGGGGGAAAAUCCUCAGCAUGUACAGAUGGAGCCUAGCUACAUUGUGCUCAUAGCCUCCAGAGUCAGGAGUGCAACUGGGGGUUGGGAAUGUUGUCAGAGCCCUUCUGCACCGUUCUGACCCUUUUCUGCUGGAAUGGCCCUUGAAGCUGACUUGCAGCCAGGUGCAACUUACAGGAGCCCAAAGGCUCUUCUAGGUUGAAUUAACUGCUGGCUGGCCCCCGGAUUGAGAAACUGCAGAGAUGACAAAGUGGCCUCUGCAAAGUGGACUACUGUGUUUAACAGUAGUCCACAUACAGUACAACUUCCUCCAAUUGUGAUGUGUCAUGGCAUAAGUGACUCACAAAAACACUGUCAUGACACAACAUGCACAGCAACUGUAACUUCAUUGAUUCCGUAAGGGCUCUUCUGAUCUUCAAGACUGAAUAUCACUGCUUUCGAUUGUUUCCUGGACCCUCGUUCCCAUAGGUUCUAAUCAUUUUCUGCUUUGCCUUUUGGAAUCAAAUUAAUUUUCUUGGUCAGGGUGGAUUUUCCCUGGUUUCUGCAUUUGCCCUCUGUAUUUGAGUAUUAAGCUCAUGCGGAUUGCAAAGCUCGUUCUAGUCCUCAGAGAAUUGUAGAGGAUUGUACGCAAUUUAGUUUUUCUACUCUCUGACCAACAGGAGUUAGGCACCUGUCUCUGCACAUCCUCACUGGUUCCCACAUGAAGGUUGGGUCAGGAACACAUAAAUAGGAAGGUAGGCUGCAUCCUCACUUCAGGUCAGAGGGAGGGGAAAGUUUCUGGUUGUGAGAUGGGGAAAGCUAUGACUUCCUUCGGACAACUAUCACAAACUGUCCUGCUUCUGAGAUGCCAGAAUAAACAUCAACCAGCAUCCCCACAAAACCCAUGAAAGCAACCAGUUCCCAUAUCAUAUACAUGUGGAAAAUGGCCAGUUCUAAGGUGUGUGUAAUUAUGAAUUUGAACUGAACAGCUGCUUGAAAAAAAAAUCUAACAUCCACUCACCAAUUAUUGCAGAAAAGCACCGUUUUAAGGGAGGGAGCAUGGUCCAGUAGUUAGAGCACAAGACAGGCAUUCUGGAUGCUAUUCCUAGCCUGGCCACUGACUUGUUCUCUAACUUUGGGCAAGUAAUUUCUCUGUGCCUCUACUUUACCAUCUGUAAAAAACAGAUAGUACUUGACUCAAGAAACCCCUGUGAGAAAGCAUUAUAGAAAUGCAAGGUUACUAUCUGAUAGGUUUUCAUCUUAACAAUGAGUCUACUACUAAGCAUAUUGUAGACUGGAUUGUAUGGUAUGGUCGCAUUGAAGUGCAUGGCUUGUGGUUUUGGCCCCAUGGGACUGUUAGCAGCCCAUUUAUGGCCGCUCUGACUUAUACUGGGUAUCUGGCCUUGCACUCAGAAACCUCAGGCUUUGGGGAGAGCAAAGGUAAACAGUGCUCCCCUCAUGCACCUGACCUGCACUGCAUGCUCAUUGUCUGCAGCUGGGGAUUUGGCCUAAGAUCGCACAAGGGGUAAAAAUGUUAUGUUGGCUAGUAAGUUCUCUUGCUUGUAUUAGGCCUUCUACAAAAACAUGCAAGCAUUCAGAUUCUGAGCCAGGGUCCAGUCCCGUAUGGUGCUGGGCACUUGUCAACUCCCACUGCCUUUAAUGAGAGAGGAGGGUGCCCAGUAUCGCACAGGGAAAGCUUAGCAGUUUGUAGGAUUACAUCAAAGUAAGUAGCACUGCAGAACCAUAUACCUGGACAAUACAAUUGGAACUCGUCAUGACUGCAUGAUUAUUUUGCCCUUUGUUAACACAUAACUCCCAUCACAAGGAAUGGGAGUUGCAUAUAGGCAAUGCUAGCAGAAACACUUAUAGUUAAAGUUGCUCAAUGUAGUGUAUAUAAAGUGGGCAGCUACCUAUUAGGAAAACAGGGAUUUAUUUUUAAAGAUGCAAAUAGCAGAUAAAGUGAACUACUGUUCAAAUUUUAAUAAAUUAAGCCCAUUCAUUAGACAUUGUAUAAGGGCACUUCUUUGAUUCCUGAACUAUAACUUUAAUUUUUGUGCAUACUAUUUUACAAGAUCCAGUCUUACAGCUGUCAAUUAGGAAGCUAUGUAAGUAAUAUGGUUACAUAGGUUUCAGUUAGAAAUUGACUGCAUAAAUGUGCACAGUGAUUUUUUUUUUUCCCCUUGAACCUAACAUGCCUUACAGGGUUAUAUUGAACUUGUAAUGUUAUUUCAAUAUAUGCUUUAACUUUUUUUUUUUUUUUUUUUUUGGGGGGGGGGCGGGGGAGGAGGGUUUGCAGGCAUUUCUUCACUAAACCAUGUGUCUGGUCACAUGCUGUAUGUACAGCACACGAUGAGUGGUGAAGAGAGAACUUUUUAUUUGGCAGUUACGGCUAUUAAACAGUUAUUUUUAAUUCAUAGAAAGUUUAAUUGGCUCUGCAAGUUCUCCAUUUCCCAUUAUUAAAGACUGAUGUUAAUUAAGAAAAUAUAACCAUUAAAAAACAAAUCUACCCCCAUUAAAGGAAAAUAAGGUCCACACCUCCUACUGCAUCUCAAAGUAUAUUUGGGUCCUGCUUUUCACUCUUUCUAUCCAACGCCCUUUUAAAACAGUCUUUACAUUAGGUAGUAAACACAAUAAAGAAACCCUUUGAGCUCAGCAGUAUUACGCUAAGAAUUAGAGUAGUGGUACUCAGACUUCAGAGGUUCAGGAGCCGAAUUAGUGAACAUUAUCCAAAAGAGCCACAGUAGUGUGAAUUCAUAGUUUCAUUUACUAUAUUUAUACACAUAUAUAUUAUUCUCACAGCAAAAUGACUGACCAAGCAUUCUUAUUUUAUCACUACAAUCGGCUAACAUAUUAAAAGUAUCCUGAUUGGUUAAUAACUUUGGUUAAUAAUUAAAUCACAGUCUUUUAGUAUCAUGCACUGCAAACAGCUGAAGGAGACUCAUUAAAGAGCCACUUGCGGCUCGCAAGCCUCACUCUGAGUAUCACUGAAUUAGAGUAUGUCUAGAGUUUGUGGUCCAGUUUUAAUGCUACUUAAUUGAUUGCCUCAACUUGAGUUAACAAACACAGCUUUAUUCGAGAUGCUCCACAGAUGUUUGCUCCAGGGGGCAUCUAGGUUAGUAUUAACAGUCAAGUUAGUUAAAUCAAGCUCAAUGGCAAUCAAGUCACUUGAUUUACAGCAUCACAAACUCUAGACAGACCCAAAAGUCAUACUGUAUAAACAGGAACCAUAAGGGUCUCUUCACUCCUUUCUGGUGUUUCUAUGAUAGAAGUAACCACAGUAAGGGCAGGUCUACACUGUGGGGUUAAGUUGACCUAAGUUACGCAACUCCAGCUACGUUAUUCACGUAGCUGGAGUCAAUGUAGCUUAGGUCGACAUACUGCUGUGUCUACACCACACUCCGUCAGUGGCAGAUACUUUCCCGUUGACUUACCUUACUCCUCUCGUUCCGGUGGACGUACCCUAAGUGAAGUAUCUGUUUCAAGAUCAUCUAUUAGCUGCUAACAGUGAUGAAGUCAAUUUAGAUAAAGGCUACACUAGGUAAAAUCAGGUAUGUAUGUUAACUCAGGAACAGACCUGAUAGCUUAACAGUUUGGUAUAUUGAAAAAUAUAAUAAAACCAAGACUGUCACUUUCAAAAUCCAAUCUGUCAGCAUAUGUCUAGGCUUAGGCCUAGUCUACACGAUAAAGUUAUGUUGACUCAGCUGUUUUGCUCAGAGGUGUGAAAAAUCCGCACCCCUGAGUGACAUAGUUAAGCCAACCUAGCUGCUGCCUCUCAGGGAAGGUGGAUUACGUACACCUCCCGUCAGCAUAGGUAACAUCUACGCUGUAGUGUUUCAAGUAUAGACAAGCCAUUUAAAUACUACAGCUGUGCCGCUGUAGUGCUUCAGUAUAGACACUCCACUACAGUGACGGGAAGGGCUAUCCUGUCACUAAAGUUAAUCUAUCUCCCCAAAAAUCAGUAGCUAUGUCAACAAUGGGGGUUAAGUUGGCAUAGUUACGUCUCUCAGAGAUGUGGAUUUUUCACACCUCAGAGAGACAGCUGUGCUGGUGUAUUUUUUUUUUUUUUUUUCAGUGUAAACCAGCCCUCAGUGAAGUAUGGGUUGCUGGAAAUACUAGUUGUAUGGCAUUUAGAACAUGCCUAUGGUGUUGGGCUGUAGCCACACCAUCCUGUGCUGGAACUGAUGGGUCUCUCAAGCUCUUCAGCACGGAGGUGGCUCAGUAAGCUCUCCAACCAACACAUAGGUGUGGCAAGGAGUCAUGCUGGUGCUUGAAGAGGAACUCUUCCCUUUGAAUCAGUACUGAAUCUAUGGUGUCAGAGGGCACUGUGCUCCUCUAGAUGCCAUCUUUCAAGUGAAACAUAAAACGGAGGACCUACCAUCUAUUGUGUCCUUCUAAUAACGAAUAACUUGAAACGCAGCAAAUUUUGAAAGAAAGUUAAAAGUAGCUUUGGGUACGAAAUCUUUCUCCUGCCAAUUUUUGUUGUUUAUAAUCCCAUUUUCCUAUUUUUAAUGUUUUCUCUCCCUCACUCCUAUUGCUGUGUAAGACCACAUAAACUGACUAUACCUAAAGUGCUGUCAAAGACACCGUAAAUAAACAGAAAAAAUAUUGAAGUAAUUUUGUCUCUAGGUUUAAGUAUUACUUGUAACAGGUACAAAAAAAUCCAGACACCAGUGAGAUUUUGAAGCUGACUGUAUUCUUUUAAAGAUCUCACAGCACUUUUUGUUAGACUAGAGAUGUUAACCCAAUGUCUGGGCAAAUUGCAACUACAAUAAUUAUUUUGCCUACUGAAAUUCUACCUGUUCCAACAGUCUGCACUAUCCAUCACCAUACUUCACUCUUGUGCAGAGCUGCUUUGUGCUAACAGCUAUCACAUUCCACCUCAGUGCUGAUAUUGCCAUAGUAGGUAAAAUAGUUUCCCCUACCUAUUGCAGGAGGGUUUUGUGAAGCUCACAGUAAUUAACUAGUUUCAGAGUAGCAGCCGUUAGUCUGUAUCUGCAAAAAGAAAAGGAGGACUUGUGGCACCUUAGAGACUAAAAUUUAUUUGAGCAUAAGCUUUCAUAAGCUACAGCUCACUUCAUCGGAUGCAUCCGAUGAAGUGAGCUGUAGCUCACGAAAGCUUAUGCUCAAAUAAAUUUGUUAGUCUCUAAGGUGCCACAAGUCCUCCUUUUUUUUUAGUAAUUAACUAGUGUUUGUAACACACCUUGAAAUCCUGGGAUGGAAAGAAUUGUGUGCAUCCUGAAACUGUCGAACUGUAGAAAAGGAAGUUAUUUCCUAUUGGCUAGAGCUAUCACUAUAUUACCAUCUUGUAUCAUGGGGCUUAGAGGCAGCUAGAUUUUUGCAUACACAAUUCUUUGAAUCUUUUCAAAAACUAGGGUAGCUUUACUUAAGGAAUACAAUUCUCAGAAAAACACUGCACCAUAUAAAUCUUAAUUAAGUUAAAAAAAAAUAUUGUGACAUAUGUCUACCAGAAUAGUAGAAUAAGUGUUUAUCUUGUGUGCUGAAAGAUUUAUCUUGGGGAAACAUAUUGCAGAUAUCUUUGGAUUUUACAGAAAUGAAAUUUACAAAAUAAAGGCAUGAUGUGCAAUCCUUACGUCUAUGGAAAUUUUGCCUCAGUUAGGACUGCAAGAUUGGGCCCUAUUCCCAUCUAACAUUGUAAACCUAUAAUCUUGCUAUUUACACACUUACAAGAAGAUACAUUUAUUUGAAAAUAUUGGAAACGCACCAAAUCACAUAAGAAUUUGGUUAAAGUUCAUAUUUCUGAUUAACAGAGGGUCUAAUGGAAAUACACUUAAUCAUUAGAAUCCCAAUUGUGAUUUUCCACCAUAUAUUUUGUCUCUAGGAGGAGUGCUUUACAUUAAUUAUUUUUUAUUUCCAUUUUGAAAAAUUGUUCAGACAGUGAAAGAAUGUUGACAUUUUUAAAACUAUAUUUUGUUCCUUAGUGAAACUGAUGAUUAAUUGCUUAUAAUAUAAUGUAUGCUUUAAAAAUGCAUUUUCAUGUAUUUUUUCAGAUAUAGACAGGCCCACUAGUCUGCAUAUCCCCUUGUAUGCAAUACUUUUUCAAAAUUUAAAUCUGAAAAAUAAAAUGGUGAUUUUUGGA